AAUCUCAGCUUGCCUAGACAGGACACUACCGAACCGAAACCGAAGCGUGUCCAAUUAGAGAUGAAAAACUAUCAAUCGAAAGGUGACGAUGGUCGUUCAAAGAAGAGGAAGCGGGAUCCGGAUGCUCCCAAAAAGGCUUUGUCCGCCUUCUUCCUGUUUUGUCAGGAUGAGCGUCCAAAAGUUCGCUCAGAACAUCCCGACUGGAAGGUGAGUGAGAUCGCAAAGGAACUUGGCAAGCGGUGGGAACAUUGCAAAAACAAGUCAAAGUACGAGAGUCAAGCCCAAGUUGAGAAGCAGCGUUACGAAAAGGCUAUGGCUAAGUACAAGGCUGGCAAGAAAGCGAAGACGUCUGACUAG